AUGGCAGAUGGUGCUGUUAACUACCUUUUAGAUAAACUGACGACAAUACUUCUUCAAAAUGCCUCAGUGUUGGGAAAUGCUCGAAAUGAAAUUGAGAAAAUCAAGCUUGAACUAGAAACUAUGAAAUCCUUCUUAAGAGAUGCCGAGAGAAGGAAAGAAAGGAGUGAAUCUGUGGAAACUUGGGUGAGGCAGGUAAGAGAAGUGGCAAUUGAAGUUGAAAAUACAAUUGAUGAGUUCAUAUACUACAAUGGUACUAAAGCCAAAAAGAAUGGGCUCAAAGAUUUUGUUCAAGAAACCAUGAACCUGCCAAGAAAACUCACUGUGAUGCGUCGAUUAUCUUCAGAGAUGCAAAGUAUCAACGCAAAGGUACUUGAAGUUUCAGAAAAAAGGAGCAAGAGAUAUGCAUUUGAUGCCAAAUUUGAUGAGGAAAGGACCAUAAAUUUGCCCACUGACUGGUUGCAGCAUCUUGGAGAAUCAUCAGUCUUUGCAGAUGAAGAUGAUAUAGUGGGAAUUGAUGAAAACAAAGCGAGAUUAUAUCAUUGGUUGACGGGAAAUGAACAGCGACGGACAGUUGUCUCAAUUGUUGGCAUGGGAGGUUUAGGAAAGACUACUCUGGUGACCAAAGUGUUCAAUGAUCAAGUGAUAAAGCGUCAUUUCGAUUCUUUAGCAUGGAUAUCUGUGUCCCAAGCUCAUCAAAUUGAGGGUCUGCUAAGAAGCAUGGUCAAAGAAUUCCUGAAAACAGAACAAGCAAUGAUUCCUAGGAAUCUUGGAUCAAUGAAUUAUCGGCAGCUUAUGGAGAUGCUUAUCGAGUACUUGCAUAACAGAAGGUACUUGGUUGUCUUAGAUGAUGUGUGGAGCAUAGAUCUGUGGAGUAGAAUAAGAGGUGCAUUCCCAGUGAAUCUUUGUGGAAGUAGAAUUGUUUUAACAACAAGAGAUGAGAAUGUGGCAAUGUCUGUUGGACCUGGAAGUAGAGUCCAUCGUCUUGAACCUCUCCAAGAACAUGAUGCUUGGACUCUUUUCUGCACAAAGGCCUUUUGGAACGGGUGUGUUCAUCAAUGUCCACCAGAGCUUGAAGCAUUAGCAAAAGCCAUCCUGAGAAAAUGUGAAGGGUUGCCUCUUGCAAUAGUUGCAAUUGGAGGUCUCAUGUGUUCAAAAAGCAAGACAGCUAUAGAGUGGAAGAAGGUUCAUGACAGCCUGAAUUGGCAGUUUAGCUACAAUCCACUCCUUGAACGAGUGAAGGGCAUCCUGAUGAUGAGUUUCAAUGAUUUACCUUUCUACCUUAAGUACUGUUUCUUGUAUUGCUGUAUUUUCCCUGAUGGUUAUCUGAUUAAGAGGAAGAAGCUGAUUCGUCUAUGGAUUGCUGAGGGAUUUAUCCUAGAAAGGAAAGGGAUGACAAUGGAGGAAGUAGCCGAGGACCAUCUCAUGGAACUUAUUCUCCGGAGCAUGAUCCAAGUUAAACAAAUCAAUGACAAUGGAAGAGUGAAGACUUUUCGGGUACAUGAUGUUAUACGAGAGCUUGCAAUGACAACCUCAGAAAGGGAGAAUUUCUGCAGAUUACAUGAUAGCCAAGAGUCCAAAAUCUCAAGAAAUGUACAGCGGUUGUCAGUGUAUAAUAGAGGUAAGAAUCUUCGAUUAAACAAGACAACAUCACGCCAUCUUCGCUCGCUAUUUGUUUUUGGAACAGAUACAUGCUCAUCAUUCUCUCUAAAUGCUGUAUCAUCAAAUUUUAAGUUCUUACGGGUCCUUGCUCUCGAAAACAUUCCCAUUGAAAAACUACCAAACGAAUUGGUUGACCUCUUUAAUCUUAGGUACUUGAACUUGAGGAACACAAAGGUUAAAGAUCUCCCCAAGGCAAUAGACAAGCUGAAGAACCUAGAGACGUUGGAUGUUAGGCACACCAAUUUGGAGAAGUUACCAAAAAGGAUAUUAAAAUUAGAAAAAUUGAGGCAUCUAUUUGUGUGCAAGAACUGUGUCAAUCGUCCCAAAAAUUUCAAGUUUUCUCAAGGCUUGCGCGUAGCAGCAGGAAUCGGGACCUUACUGAGCUUGCAAAGCCUUUCUUAUGUAGAAGCAGAGGAGGGGAUAAUCAAGCAAGUUGGAUAUCUUACGAAUCUGAAAAGGUUAGAUAUCACAAAAGUGAAAACGUGUGACGGUCCAAAGCUAUGUAGUUCAAUCCAAAUGAUGACAAGCCUCCAUCGAUUGAGUGUAACUGCAAGUGCAGAAGAAGAGGAACUGCUGUUGGAAGACUUGGUUUUCGUGCCUCCAUUUCUUCAGAAGCUAGAAUUGAAUGGACGCUUGAAGAGGCUGCCUCAGUGGUUUGAAUCAGCCACAAACCUGACGCAUUUGUGCUUGGAAUUUUCUCAUCUACAAGAAGAUUUUCUUCCAUCUCUCCAGAAAUUACCAAGUCUGGUCUUCCUUCAAAUUAAGAAAGCAUACAGUGGCAAGCACUUGAAGUUCAUAAAAGGGGGAUUCCCUAAGCUCAGCAAAUUGCAUUUGGAGGAGCUCCUGCAGUUAGAUUGUGUAGAAAUAGAGGAGGGAUCACUUCCCAGCUUAAAAGAACUUGCCUUGAUUCGUUGCCUGGCGUUGAAGUUGCUACCACAAGGCAUUGAACACAUUACCAGCCUACAGAAUCUUCAGCUGGAGGAAAUGGCAGAAGAACUCGUUGAAAGUGUGCAAAUUGAUGGAAGUGAAAACCACAAGAAGGUACAGCACAUACACACAGUCAAUCUUGUUUUGUAAAUUACACAGACAGAAUUAUCAUGUGAAACACUUCCAGUCUGUUAUAUGAACUUGA